AAGGGAGAUUUAUUUAUGCACCAUUUAAUAAAUAUGUGGUUUUAUUAAAAAUAAUAUAUUUUUAAAAUACUAAUAUUCGAAAUUAAUUAGAUGCAGUUAGCAAAUGAUAUACUAAGAAAAAUAUAAUGAGAUGGUAUCCAUAUACAUAAAAAAAAAAAAAAACAAUUCUCUACGUAGAUUCGGAUUUCUAGUAGCAAAUGACUCCGCCACUUUCCUUAAUAAAUGCCUCCUCUAUUCUUCACCUCCAAUUCCAACCGCUUCAGCUUUAAAUACAGUCAUGCCUGCUGUAAAGACACAGAGGUGUUCAUGGGAAGAACAUGGAACAUAUCCAUUGCACAACUUUUCUUCAUUCAAUUUGUUCUCUAUUUUUAUCCUCCUUUUCCCUUUAUCCACAUACAGGAGUUGCUCUACGAUCUUGCCCUUAUUUUUGCACCGAAGCUUUUAUUAAUACCUUUUAUAUGAACUCACUCGCCUCUGACUUUUCUCUGUGUCACCUCUCGCCAUUACUGCGCUGAGUCUCCCAAUUUAAGCUGGCUGAUUCAGCCUAAGAUGACGUGAAUUUUUAGGAUGGAAGAGAAAAGCAAGCACCAGAAGAGACUUAGCUUGGAGGAAGAGGUCUCCGUGCUGCAAGAUGCACUUGAUAAGGAACAGAAGCUGAAUCAGAUCCUACAAUGCGCACUCCAUGGCGCAUUCGUUUGCCAUUCGUGCGUCUCUUCAUUAGCUCCUCUUCAGGCGCGGGUGCUUCUGGCAGAGUUGACAAUGGUGGAGGAAGAGAUCAUGAUGCUCGAGAGAAAGAUUGAGGACUUGAAGAUGCGCAUCUAUCGGGAGAGAAACCAGGAGAGGAGCUCGUUUCGGUGGCAGCAGAGGCACUUCCUUUGCGGUUUGGGAGGCCGGAGAGAGCUCCACAAGCUCCAACCACUACCAGGACUGACCCAUGAACAAAUGCCAGGUGAUGAGUCCGAGAAAUUGGCGAGCAACCAUGAAACAAACCUUGAUCUCUGCCACGCUUCAAGUCCUCAAUGCAAUAGCAGAGACGAAGAAUCCAUUAUGCCUGAAACACCAAACAGGCUCUCCGAGGAGCUGCUCAAGACCCUGAUCGCUAUCUUCCAGAAGCUGAGCCAGAGUACAAAUCAACUCAAUCAUGAAUCACACAAGCUUCCUAACUCAUGCGUGAGUUCAAACAACUUCCACAGCUACAGAAAGACUUCAAUUACAACCUCCUCAAAGGACUCAAUGCAGAGAGGGGAGUCGUGUGGCGUUCUGGUGCCUGAAAAUGAAGGGGAAGGAAAGAUGGGACUCAAACACAAGUUUGUCAGUUGCACGAAGGCUUCCCUGGACUUGACUCGCAUUGAAUUAUGCGUUCCGGCAUUUGGAAAACUGAGGGCAUUGACGCACAAGCUCUCUGCUAUUAAUCCAAGCUUUCUCAGUUACAAGCAAAAGCUUGCAUUCUGGAUCAACAUCUACAACGCUUGCAUCAUGCAUGCAUUUCUACAACAUGGUUUUCCUCCCUCACCAGAUAAGCUUCUUGCACUGCUAAAUAAGGCCGCGAUAAAUGUUGGUGGUGUCAUUCUUAAUGCUCUGGCUAUCGAACAUUUCUUGCUGAGGCAUUCUCUUGACACUGACCAUGAAGUGUUUAAUGAAAAAGAGGGACUUCUGAUACAUGCAUAUGGACUGGGGUACCCUGAGCCUAACGUGAGAUUUGCUCUUUGUAGAGGAAGUUGGUCUUCUCCUGCGCUGAGAGUGUACACGGCAGAGGAUGUGGUGAAUGAACUGGAGACAGCCAAAACAGACUACUUGGAAGCUUCAGUGCGCAUCACCAGCAAGAAGAAGAUCAUCCUGCCCAAGCUUCUGCACUGGCACAUGAAGGAUUUCGCCGACGAUUUGGAGUCGCUGCUUGAGUGGAUCUACAGCCAACUGCCCGUGUCCGGAUCGCUGAAGAGAGUCCUCAAGGAGUGCCUGAGCAGAGACCCAAGGAUUCCCCUGCCAAAGUUGGUGCAGAUACAGCCACACAGAGCUGACUUCAGGUACUUAUUGCCAUGGCGAGAAGCUUCCUCCUCCUACUCGAUCUCAUCUUCGUUCUGAAUUGCAAGUUCAAAUGAAUGCAUGGAAUUCUGCGGAUUAAAAAAAAAAUCGAUAUAUUAAUUAUUAUCAUCAUUAUGGA